AUGAACAAUUCAAUUAAUCCACCAAUAAUCAAUCCGAAUCAGUUCCCAUCAUUAACACGUAUUUGUAUAAAUGAAAUAUCUAUACGUAAUGAUUCAUAUAUAAUAUCAAUGUAUAUUAAAAAUAUUGAACAAAGUGAAAUAGAUAUUAAAGUUCGAAAAAAAGAAAGUGCUGAUCAAUGGAAAUCGAGUUUUAAUGUAACUGAUAUUGAAAUAAUGACAGAAAAAACAGGCAAUUUUAAAUCAUUUAAUGUAUUUGUUAAUAUGCUCGAAGAUGCUAUAAAUAAAAAAAAUUCAUCAUUAAGUAUUGAUUUAUUUACAUCUGAUGAUCUUGAUUUAAUACGUAAAAAGCAACAAGAUCAAAAUAAAUCUUUUAAAACAAAAUCAUCAAAUAAACGUUAUUUAAUAUUAAUAUAUAAUACUGAAUAUGAUCGUAUUUAUUAUCCAUUAUCUCUUCGAUAUUGUGGUAAACCAGAUACAAUUAUUUUAAUAGGACAAAUUCAUCAACUAGUAACUGAAAAUGAAUCAUUAAAAUCUCAACUUGGAUCAGAUACUAAUCGUUAUGAUAUAGAAGAAGAAUGUUCUCGUUUGAAAAAAGAAAAUGAUAAUUAUCGUCAACAAUUAUUAUUAUUAAAUGAUAGAAAACAAACAGAUCUACAAAUUGAAAAUUUACGUCAAAUAAUUAAUGAAAGUGAAUAUGCUUUAAUUAAAGAACAAAAUAAUUUACAAAAGAUAAAAAUAUUAAAAGAUGAAAAUUAUAAAAAAUUUAAUAAUAAAAUUGAAUUAUUAAAAACAUCUGAAAGACAAUUGAAAUUAAAAGUAAAAGAUUUAACAAAUCAAAUAAAUUUACUUAAGAAAAAUUGUUCAUCAUCUAAUUCUCAACAACGAUCAUCUUCAUUAAUUUGUUCAAAGUCAACUGAUCAACAUCGAUAUAAUUCAUCAAAUGGUUCUAAACGAUUACUAUCGUCAACAGAUUCUCAUAUUCGAUUUAAUCCAACUGAUUAUAUUAAUGAAAAAAAUCUUAAAUUACAAAAAACAAAAGCAAUUCGUCAAAGAUUAAACAGUGCUCGAUGUCGUUCAAAUUCGGAUAUUAGUAAUUCUAAUAUGAAAUUUAAUAAUAAUAAUAAUCGAUCUACAUCGAAUUCAAGAAAAAAUUCACGUCGAAAACAAAAUAAUGAUCUUAAUCAAGACAAAUCUAAGGAAUCAAUCGAUUCAGAUAUAGAACGAGUCUCAUCACCAAUUGUUUUACAUAAAGCUGCAUCGAAUAAUUCAACAAAAAUUCUCUUGUCUGAAAAUUCUAAUAAUGAUUAUAAAAUUUUAGAUGAAAAUUCAACAUUACGAAAUUUUUCUAAUUCUGAUAAUAUGAUUGAUAUUGAUCAACGAUUAAAAUCUUUAGAAAAAUUUUUCAAACAAAAUUUAAAACAUUAA